UUCAUAAUACAAAUUCCCUUUCAUAACACAAGGGCCUUGGCUGGUGCCCCAGAUUCCUGGAAGAGAGGAGAAUUUUCCUCUUGAGCAGCUGCUCCAUCAGUCUCUCUUCCCGAAAAAGGCUGGGAAGGAGGGAGAGAGGGAGGGCCUUUUUGUCUCCUCCAUCUUCCUCCCCCCAAUCAGAGCUCAAGGAGGAGGAUGUGGCGAGGCGGCCAGGGCCGUCCCCUGGAAGAAGAGCAGCAGCCCAGCCUCCGUCCACUCAGCCCCCCCCCUCAAGCUGGAACAGGAGCAGCUUGAGGAGGCAGCGGCAGGCGUGGGAGGGGGCCAAAGCAGGCGGAAGCCGGGUGAGGGCAGGCUGCUCCUCCUCACAUCACCCCUCCUGCGUACUGAAGCAGCAGCAGCAGCAGCAGCAGCAGCAAGGCUGGCAGAGACAAAGAGGGGCUGCAGGAAGGAGGGGGGGCUGUCAAAGAAACCAUUCUGGAAAGGCUGUGACUGCCCGAUUCCUGAAGACUUUCUGGUGCCUGAAGGAGGGUGGAGGAGUGCUGCCAGGAACCCAGAUGGCAACGGUCCAGAGAGGUUCAUUCCCACCGACACAGAGGAAGGACUGAGACCCAAGAAGAACCGUCUACGACUGGUCUAAGGGGACAGGAACAUGGAAGAGCAUCCGCUGGGUCUCCAGAAGGAAAGAAGGCCGGCAGCAUCCAGAAGAAAGGAGAUGGGGGAACUGCAGCAGCCAGGGUUUUUCCAGCGCUGAAAGACAGACACCCGGCUGAGGGGCCUCUGGAAUGGGCCUGGGCUGGAGACUCAGAAUUUAAGGCUGCCAGAACCCCCACCCCGAGAGAGCUCCAGUUGAUACCCUAUGGAAUCCACUGGGAGUCCUGAGGGCUGAAACGUCGAGAAUGGACCGGGGGCACCUGGGCAUCCCAUCUCCCUUGGGAGCAUCAGGAACCCCAAGGCCUGAGAAGGGCCGGGGACUGGAAGCCAGGAAGGCUGAGGCAGCCAGAACCUGAUGGGCCAAGGUGUGAAGGACCGGACGAGCCAGGGGGUCCAGAAAGUGACACCCCUCCUUCAUUGGCACUGGGGCUUGAAGAGCUUGCCAUGGCUGCCGCCACUCCGCCUGCCUGAAGCUGCAGCAUUUCUGUUUUCUCUGGCUGGGGGAGGGGACCGAGGAUGCUCCUCUGCCUGCAGGCUGGAUGCUGCCUUCGGCCACCCCGAGCCUCUUCCGCCAAGGCAGCUGGGCACCUCCCCAUGGCACCCCAAGAACCUGUGGGAGCCCUGGGGCCACAGCCUGCUCAAGAGAUGCUGAGAAGGAGGCACAGGGACAGGUGACUCCGUGUGGGGAGCAGCUGGACUGCCACAACUCAUCUCUGGGGAGCCCAGAGGCCAAGGAGAAGUCCAGGAACUCUGGGAGAUGUCAAGUGGAUUUCCAGAGGACUUUCCAAAUGGAAGCAGGAAACUCAAGCCAACCAGGGCCUGCCAAGGCAACUACCAUGGAAAGGUUGCUCCUGAUCCAGCUUCUGAUGGUGGGGAGCACCUUAGCUCAGGUGGAAUCCUGCCCCUUUCACUGCGUCUGCCAAAACCUCUCUGACUCGCUUAGCACCCUCUGUGCCAACAAGGGGCUCCUCUUCAUUCCAGUCAACAUUGACCGCCGGACGGUGGAGCUACGGCUGGCUGACAAUUUCAUCCGGGUGGUGGAAGCCCCGGACUUUCUGAACAUGACGGGCCUCGUGGAUCUCACCCUCUCGCGGAACACCAUCGACACCCUCCGACCCUUUGCAUUUGGGGACCUGGAGAACCUCCGCUCGCUCCACCUGGACAGCAACCGGCUGACAGAGAUCAGGGAGGAGGCUCUCCGGGGAAUGCUGAACCUCCAGCAUCUCAUCCUGAGUAACAACCAGCUGGUCAAUAUCUCUGGGGCUGCUUUCGAUGACUUCCUCUCGACUCUGGAAGACCUGGAUUUGUCCUACAACAACCUGCGCAGCGUCCCUUGGGAGGGAAUCCAAGGCAUGUUUUACCUGCACACCCUCAACCUGGAUCACAACCUGAUUGACUUCAUAAUGGAAGGAACCUUUGACGAACUCUAUAAACUCUCCCGGCUGGACAUGACCUCCAAUCGUCUUUCCACACUGCCCCCCGACCCACUGUUUGCCCGCUCCCAGAUUGGAGCCAUCAGCCCAACCCCUUACAUGGCCACCAUCGUGCUGAGCUUUGGAGGAAACCCUUUGCACUGCAACUGUGAGUUGCUGUGGCUGCGGCGUUUGGCACGAGAGGAUGACAUGGAGACCUGUGCUUCCCCCCAACACAUGGCUGGCCGGUAUUUCUGGUCUGUGCCAGAGGAGGACUUCACCUGCGAGCCCCCUCUCAUCACCCGGCACACCCACAAACUCUGGAUCUUGGAAGGCCAAAGGGCCACCCUGAGGUGCAGAGCCCUUGGAGACCCUGAGCCGGUCAUCCACUGGGUCUCCCCUGAUGACAAAAUCAUCGCCAACUCCUCCAGGACUGUAUCAUUCCGCAACGGUACCCUUGAUCUUUUGGUGACUACCAUCCGCGAUGACGGGGCUUACACCUGCAUUGCCAUCAAUGCCGCUGGGGAGUCGACAGCCACCGUGGACCUCAAAAUCAUCCCCUUGCCUCAUCGAGGGAACGGCAGCAUCACGGUACUGCAGCAGGAUCCAGGCUCCUCGGACAUUGCCACCUCAGCCAAGAGCUCUGCCAACGCCACCCAGGAGGCUUCCGAGAAGAGAGUGGAGGUACUGGGGGUGACUGCCACAUCAGCCCUGGUGCGCUGGCUGGCAGAUAAGUCGACCUACAUGGCCUGGAUGUAUCAGAUCCAGUACAACUGCACUGCGGACGAUACCCUUGUUUACAGGAUCAUUCCCGCCAGCAGCCAGGACUUCCUUCUUAAACAUCUCGUGCCCAGCAUGGAUUAUGACCUGUGCGUCUUAGCCAUCUUUGACGACCUGGCCACCUCACUGGCAGCCACUCACCUGCUGGGCUGUGCCCAGUUUACCACGCAGGAAGCCUACCCAGACUGCCAUUCGCUGCACGUCCACUUCCUGGGGGGCGCUCUGACAGUGACAGUGGGAGGCAUCAUCGUGGCUUCCUUGCUGGUCUUCACAGGAGUCAUGAUGGUGAAGUACAAAGUCUGUGGCAGCAUCCAUGGGAGCCUGCCCAGGGUCAGCAAUGUGCACUCACAGACCAAUGGAGGACACCCAAACGGGCUGCUGCCCCAGCGGACACCUCCUGCGGAGUACCAGCACGGGCAGGGCAAGGCAGGUGCAGCCAAGAGUGCAGAGCGCUGGAUGGGAGGCGCUGGCCGGGGAACCCUGGCCUCGGCCAAAGCCAGGCGCAGCACCUCCCUGGACAUGGGAGACGCCUCCUCCAGCGCCUGCUACAGCUACGCCAAGCGCCUGAGCUUCAUGUGGGCCAAGCGCAGCCAGUCGGUCCAUGGGAGGCUGGCACAGGGCACUCCCCUUGAAGACAGCACCAGCACGCGGCCCGGGCCCUUCCUCAACGUGGAUAAAUUGGAGGAAAGCGUGGUAUAGCCCUCAUGGGGGUGGACCGGCGUCCUACCCCUAAAGCAUCUCGGACAGCAACUCCCAAUGGGGAGGCCCACGGAGGGCAGAUGCUGCCCUUGCUUUGGUUGAGCCAAACCUCCCACGUAAAGGCCAGCCCUGCUGACCAGGCCAGCCAGGCUCAGGGUGAGACCACCUGCAAGCUGGGAAGGGAGAGAGGGCAGGAGCUGAGAGAGAGAAAGGGGAGGAGAGGCUUGGAAACAGCUUUUUCCUCUGCAUUUUGCAGCUGACUAAUUGAGGUGCAAAUAGUGACCUGGAUUCAAGAAUCAAUUAUUUUGAAGAGGAAAGAAGACAGCUUUUAAAGGAAAAAGAAAACAGUUGCCAAAAGAGAGCAAGAACAUGCUAUUCAAUAAGUCUAAGUCAAAUGAAAAUAAUACAGGAUUCACGGGAAAGAGGUGGUUUAAGAAUGCCUAAUUUUAAACUAUAUUAUGAAGCAGUAACCCUCUCAGUAAUAAGUGACUGGUUUAACUUAACAGAGGAAAGAAUUUUGAAUAUAGAAGGUUAUGACUUGUUAUAUGGAUGGCAUGCGUACUUAUUUUAUGGAAAAAAAGUGGAUAGGGCUUUUAAGAAUCAUGUGUUGAGAAGUG